UAGCGUGUUCGUGUGACACACGGAAAAUCCAAAAUGUCCAAAACAACAUGAGCAGCGUUAGCUUUCCUUCAGCUCUAGGGAACGUGAAAACGAGGAAGGUGUGUGAGCUCAAUAUGUGAGUGUUUGUGGUAAAAAUGUCUUCAGUUCAGCUUCAGGACGAGCAGCUAAAUCCUUCUAAAGAAAAGUCUUCAGAGUUUGAAGAAAUUAUCGUCAAGUCCGAGGAAGAGACGGAUGGUCAGAGUGGACUGCUGGAUUUAACCCGGACUCCUCUGAUCACCUCACAACAAACAGACGAUUUUCAGGGGGAGAAGGUUUUUAAUGACCAACAGCAGUGUAUCCAGGAGUCGACCUCAGGUUUAGGCCAGAAGGAACUGGAACGUCCACAAAUAAAAGGGGAGUGUAAGGAACUAGUACAUCUCCAGAUAAAAGAGGAGCAAGGACAACCAGMAGAUCUUCAAAUAAAAGAAGACCAGGGCGAUCUAGAACAUUUUCUGAUUAAAAAAGAACAGGAGGAAAUACAACAUCUGCAAAUCAAAGAGGACGAGGAGGAAAUACURUGUGUGCAGAUAAAAGAGGAAGAGAAAGAACUUCAUCCUGGCUUUGUGGGACAAGAUGGAAAACAGCUUCUGCUGAAAGAGCAGACUGACACCUUAAYGGCAACGCUGAYUAACAAGGAAAAAUACUGCAGURAACCAGAACCAAMCAGGGYCCAGCUCAACUCCUGUGAUCUUCCUGAAGCUGAGAACCAGAACCAGGAAGGAAGAAAUCCAGAGGAUUCAGAAUCAACAAGAGCACAAUUACCAAAACAAAAUAGAAGACUUCAGAAAACCAGAGAGCACAGAAACAAUGUUGACAAUGCAAAACGAAAAAGUCUUAAAAAUAUAUCUUUAGGUAAGAGCAGGUAUUUUUGUAAAACGUGUAAUGAAACAUUUUUUCAUAACAGCACGUUUAUUAGACAUCUGAGAACUCAUACAGGUGAGAAGCCCUUUUCAUGUACAACCUGUGGAAAAUGUUACAGGCAAAAGGGUCAUUUAACUGAUCACAUGAGAACUCACACAGGCGAGAAACCCUUUGUGUGUAGCAUUUGCGGAAAAAGCUUCAGUCAAAAGAGCCAUUUAACGAUUCACAUGAGAAUUCAUGCAGAUGAGAAACCUUUCUCCUGUGUGAUCUGUGGAAAGAAUUUUAGCCAGAAGGGUCAAUUAGCUUAUCACAACAGAAGCCACACAGGUGAGAAGCCGUUUUCGUGUAUUGUUUGUGGAAAAUGUUUUGGUCAAAAAAGUAGUUUAACUUAUCAUAUGAGRAGUCACACAGGUGAGAAACCUUUUUCGUGCAUAAAUUGCGGAAAGAGUUUUAGUUUGAAAGGCAAUUUAAUAUAUCACACAAAAAAUCACGCAUGUGAAAAGUCGUUCCACUGUGUCACUUGUGGAAAAAAUUUCUGUAAGAUGGAAAACUUUACAACUCAUCUGAAAAUUCACACAGGUGAGAUGCCUUUUUCAUGUAUCACCUGCGGAAAAUCCUUCAGCCAAAAAAAGAGUUUUAAUACUCACCUAAGGACUCACACAGGUGAGAAACCUUUCACAUGUAAAAUCUGUGGGAAAAGUUAUAUUCAAAAAAGUAGCUUAACGUAUCACAUGAGAAUACACUCGMUCGAGAAACCAUUUUCAUGUAGUACUUGUGGAAAAAGUUUCWGUAAAAAAGAUGUAUUCAAAUCUCAUUUGAGAAGCCACACAGGUGAGAAGCCUUUCUUGUGUAACACAUGUGGAAAACAGUUUACUCGCAAAAGUUUUUUAACAGUUCACCUAAGGGUUCACACUGGGGAGAAGCCUUUCACGUGUUCUAUCUGUGAAAAAUGUUUCACUCGGAAAAGUUUUUUAACAGUUCACAUGAGAACCCACACAGGCGAGAAGCCUUUCUCAUGUUCGUCCUGUGGAAAUACUUUCAGGCAAAGAGCCCAUUUGAUUUGUCACAUGCGAACCCAUACAGAUGAGAAGAUGUAAUUUGGUGAAUGCUUUGAAGCAUCAAGGAGCUUGGGCACUUUUUUAGAAACUGAAGUAAGCGAAAAGUAAAAAAGCUUCAUAUUUAAAAACAAAUAUUGCAAAAAUGCCUUCAGAAAUGUGUCUAAACUUUYUUGAACAUGUAACAUCUCUAAUAAUGUAUCACGCUUGCAGUUUUUAAUAAAUUAAAGAUGUUUUUUGGAGCAAAACAUACAAUUUUCUAUAUUUUCGUAAGCAUGACAUUGAUUUCCACUGUUAUGCGGAUGACACCCAGUUCUAUGUUUCCAGUAAGCCCGCCUCCAACCUCCCACCGUCUUCGCUUACUGACUGCUUGACUGAAAUAAAAUCCUGGUUCUCCUCAAAYCUGCUUAAGCUUAACAGUGABAAAACAGAGGUUCUUCUCAUUGGUACUAAAUCUACUCUGGCCAAAAUCWAAARCUUCAGUCUUGUAAUUGAUAACUGUCCCGUUUAUCCCUCCCCUCAGGUAAAGAGUCUGGGUGUCAUCCUUGACAGCACUCUGUCUUUCCAGUCUCACAUUAAUAACAUUACCCGCUCGGCUUAUUUUCACCUACGCAACAUCAAUCCCCUCCGCCCCUCCCUUACUCCCCAUUCCACUGCCAUUCUUGUUCACUGUCUUGUGACAUCACGCUUUGACUAUUGCAACUCCCUUCUGUUUGGUCUCACCCAGAAAUCUCUUCAUAAGCUCCAAUUGGUCCAGAAUUCAGCUGCCCGUAUCAUUACCAAAACCCCAUCCAUGCACCACAUCACUCCUGUCCUGCAAAGACUCCAUUGGCUGCCCACCAAGUUCUGCAUAGAUUACAAAAUUCUUCUGUACACUUUCAAGGCCCUUUACAAUCUCUCCCCACCAUAUCUUUCAAAUCUUAUUCAUAUUGCCAUUCCCUCUCGCUCCCUCAGAUCAUCCUCCUCUAUCCAUUUCACUGUCCCCUCUGCCCGUCUCACCACCAUGGGGAGCAGAGCUUUCAGUCGCUCUGCUCCCCAACUAUGGAACUCAUUACCACCAUACCUUAGAAACAUAAAGUCAUUAUCAAAUUUUAAAACCAAACUCAAAACACACCUUUUUAGAUCUGCCUUUUCCAUAUGA